CUUCGAGUCUCAGAGGAAAUUCCAAUCCAUGGCUUCUACUUGUUCUUUUACCUGUAAACUUCCCCUUAUUCUUCUGUUGUUGUUUGUAUUGAUCUUCGCAUCUGGUUUGCAGAGUUGCUAUGGCCAACAAACCUUCGGCUUUGAUGUUCAUCAUAGGUACUCCGAUCCCAUCAGACAAAUUUUCCCACUCGACAACUUUCCGGAGAAAGGAACUUUUGAUUACUAUAAAGCCUUAACUCAUCGUGACCAUAUUAUUCGUGGCCGUCGACUUGGUAGCACCAGUACCCAAGAUCCGAUUCUCACUUUUGAAGGUGGAAAUACCACUUAUAGCGUGGCCGAUUCGGGAUAUUUGCAUUACGCCAAUGUCUCUUUGGGGACACCGAGUCUCUCAUUUUUUGUGGCUCUUGACACGGGAAGUGAUGUAUUUUGGGUUCCCUGUGAUUGCGUUAGCUGCGCCCAUUCCUGGGAACUUAGUAACGGAACUGUAGUAGAUCUAAACAUUUACAGUCCUAGUGCAUCAUCGACAAGCAAAACAGUCCCCUGUAACAGCAGUAUGUGUGAACUACAAGACCAAUGCAAUUUACUGGGAAGCAGCUCAUGUCCUUAUGAAGUUGCCUAUGUUUCUGCCCUUACUUCAACUUCUGGAUAUCUUGUUGAGGAUGUUUUGCACUUGACAACAGAUUAUAGUAAUCCACAAGCUGUUGAUGCACGCAUUACAUUUGGCUGUGGUAAGGUUCAGACCGGUUCUUUUUUGACAACUGCUGCCCCGAAUGGUCUAUUUGGGCUUGGUAUGGAUAAAGUAUCUGUCCCUAGCGUUUUAUCAAGUUCAGGCCUUACUGCAAAUUCUUUCUCCAUGUGCUUUGGAAGUGAUGGGAUUGGAAGAAUCAACUUUGGUGACAAAGGUAGCUCUGACCAAGCAGAAACUCCAUUCAAUACUAUGACAUCGAACCCAACAUAUAAUAUCAGUGUAACUCAAAUAACGGUGGGGACAAAUGUCACGGAUGUUAGUUUUACUGCAAUUUUUGACUCCGGUACCUCAUACACAUACUUAAAAGAUCCAGCCUAUACGAGUAUUGCUGAGAGUUUUAAUGCACAAGUCAAAGACAAACGUCGGUCAUAUGAUCCAAACAGUCCUUUUGAUUAUUGUUAUGACCCAAGUUCAACUUCUGAAAACAUUACGGUUCCUCCACUGAAUCUAACCAUGGGAGGUGGAAGCCAGUAUCUUGUUUAUGAUCCCAUAGUUUAUGUCAGCGAUUCGAAUUCAAGUACGAUUUCAUAUUAUUGCUUGGCUCUUACCAAGAGUACUGACUUGAAUAUCAUUGGACAGAACUUCAUGACUGAAUACCUUAUUGUAUUUGAUCGUGAAAAAUCAGUGUUGGGAUGGAAACAAUCUAAUUGUUAUGAUACCAAAUAUUACAGUACUACAACAACAACACAAACCAAUUCUACUGUUGUGCCUCCUGCCACUGCUGCGGACCCUCCACAAUCUGGAGUGAAAAGUGGGAGUGAUUCUUCUUCAGCGGCAUCAUCAGCAUCAAUUGGAUGGCCCCCACUUUUGAAUCCCCGCAACUGCUGUUUCUUGAUAUCUCUUCUUGCAUUAUUCGCUCUUAUCUGAUUAUUCUUUUUUCAGCCUAAUAAGGAAGUUAGUUUAGUCA